AUGGCACCAACCAGUGCAUCGCCGGAAGCCUCCUCCAGCGACGCGCAGAGUCAAGGAUCCACUGGACGCUCGACCAGCCCCUCGAUUGGUGUUGCACCGACUAUCGAAGUCUCUCAUCGAUACUACGUAGUGCAUGAUGAAGCGAUCGCAGAUGGCAUCACAUAUGCCCAGCCAUCCGCCCAAUCGGAUGGAUACACUCUGUAUCGCGCUCUAGCACGCAUGCUGAUAGGAGACCCGACAAGACACGGUGCCAUCGUGGAAGCGGUAUUAAACUUUGCGAUCCGCGAAGUGUACUGGAUCAUCGCGCAUGCGCUCGGUAUUAGGAUCGCGGUCUACGCUACCAUCACGCCCGAAGGAGAGCUCCGAGAGUUGCUGGCCUCCGCUGGUGCCACGACGAGACCCACUUACUCAUUGCUCAAGACCACGUGUGAUGGGCCGAUUCAAUCCCGAUUCUCGGGUCUGAUGCCUGACGAGUCUGGCAAGGAGCUGAUCGAAUAUCUACUGAGCACGAAAGCGGAGAUGACGGAUGGUCUAUCUGGCGAUAAGUUCCAUGGUUUGGAGAUCAAGAAAAUGGUAUGGGCCUGGAAGAAGCGCCCUGGCGGUCUAAAGGUGUCAUGCUUCAACGAGCAUCGACCAAAAUCGACCAUGGAAGACUUGGAUCUCGAUCGUUCUCCCAUGAAGCGCAUGGAUGUGAUGACGAUCGUGGUCAACGAGGCGAAUCAGCUACCUGCGGCACUCGACAUUUUCAAGAAAGCCAUGGAGCUCGCGCCCGGUCAGAAGAGAAAGGUCCUCUACAAGGACCGGAGGGGGCAACAAGCUCUGGUUGAUUCUGGCGAGGUGGAGGAGCUCUGUUCCGUGGUCAGCAUCGCGAUUGGGAGACACCUCUGCAUCAUCUUCAACGUCUUACAGAUGAUGGAGCACCCGAACGAACAGACUGUGCCCGCCCUCUACCAGCUCUUCAGCGAAGUUAUCUUCGACGCGAGAAUCUGCAAGUUGUGGUGGAAUUUGCAGUCGGACUUCACGGUGAUGAACAACACGAUUGCCCAUCUCUACCAAGGGACACCGCGAGAGGCUUUCUCCCACACCUCAUACCGGGGUGUGAAGUACAACGUCACUCCGACGUGGAAGCUCCAGAGUCCGUUCUUCAACGGAGAGCGGCCAGAGGAUCUGUCUUUCCCGUCGUCGCAAAAGCCGUGCGAUCUUCAUGCCGGCAGCACAGAAUACGUCGGAAUGUCCUGCCCCUGCCAAACCGGCAACAUCGACAUCGCCGCUCUGCUGAAUCACUUCUGCAGACUCCAAGGUGGCUUCUACCAGAACCUGGGUGGCCCUAACAUGCAGAACGACGACUGUGCCAUGGCGUACAAUAUUGGCGAUGUCGUCGGCCAAAACUUGGCCUUCGAACAACUUAUGGCAAACGAUGACGUGAAGCUCACUGCUGACUGCUUGGAGCGAUAUGCUACCAAGGACCUCUGGCCCGCACCGCGGCCGUUCAAGCAAAUGCUGUCAAAGUUCAAGGAGACCUCGGGCAUACCACUGUACGAAGACAAUUCUCGACUGUUUACGACUCAGCGGUUCGUCAACGAGCAAGUGUCCGAGACCAAAUUUGUCGUUUCAACUCUGACAUCCGACACUUCGCUAUGGAAUACGAAGUACCUGUCUCCGUGGGAACAUGAUCGUCGAGUGGAAGUCAGCCGGUCCAUUUCGUCACCGGAUCAAGGCACGCCGGUUCAGAGCACGCUAUUCAGAGCACCAACCACGAAAGAACAGGAAGGUCUCGCAACUCGCAAGAAAAAGCUAAUGACUCGAUUGACCGACCCGAGACGAUUGUGGUUGCCAGUAUCGUGCGCAAACCUCAUCGAAGAGGAGUACGAAGGCCCGGUCGUGCGUGCUGGUACGACCCAGUCCGAGGCUCUGCUUGAAUUUGCACUGUCCGAGCACGUUGUUGCCGGCACCACGCCGCCACCAGGGUUCGGCGCUGCCAUCGGCUCUGGCGAGGGUCUGCCGGGAUUCUUGAAGAGGAGACCUGGGACCAAUCUGCCAUUGGCAAAGGAGAUCUACAAAGCAUUGUCCUCGAAGCGGUCUAGCAUCAGAAAUACAUCAGGCGCCGCGACGACAAUGGUCGAAGGGCGGGAGCCGAGAGUGACUCAGUCGGACUUGACUCCAAAACAGAUGGCCGAGAAAGCCGUCGAGGAAAUCAUCAAGACAAUGUGGUGUUCGCGCGAGCAAGUAGACGACUGGCUGCUUGCUCACUAUGCGAAACAAGACGUCCAAGCAGAGAUCGACAAGGAGGAAGAAAUCAAUUUGAUGCACGGCCUGCCGAGCGUCGUCGAUCAUGGCGAUGUGUUCGACCCGGAAGGGCGCGAGUACCGGCGCAUGGUCGAGGGGGCCGCUGACUAG